AUGGAUUUGUUCUGUAUCACUCUCGUUUUGCUUGCUUUUACGGCAUCGCCAAUUUCCUCUCAGACAGUCUGCCAAAAUAGCCUUCACGGAACAUGCAUCAACCUGUUGACCGGAACAUCACCCUGUGGAUCUGGGAACCAUCUUGUCCUUAGUUAUUGUGGUUUUCUAGAAGCCUGCUGUUAUGGCAGCCACCACACCACCGCUACCGCAGCUCCAACAUCUGCGCCAAUUCACACCGGCGGAUCAACCGGAUCCGGAAGUGGAGGCCAAUGUGGCGUUCCAAGCGUAUCAGGCAAUCAUAAGAUAGUGGGAGGAUCUAUUGCGACCCAUGGCGAAUACCCGUGGCAGGUGUCGCUCCGCUACGGAGGACACCAUAUGUGUGGAGGUACACUUAUUAAUGAGCAAUGGGUCGUCACCGCUGCUCACUGCUUUGAAGACACGCAAUCACAUUACUGGACCGUGGCAGUAGGUAUCCAUGACCGUAGCCACGUAUACAGGAGUCAAGUCCACAAUGCAGCACGUGUUAUAGUACAUGAACAUUAUGACAAAACUCGCAACCAUAACGACAUCGCCAUGAUCAAACUAGACAAACCAGUUGACACAUCAUCUACCUACGUGAAGACAGCCUGUCUGCCUGAUCCUAAUGAAAACUUUGACAACGCUGUAUGUACCGUAACAGGCUGGGGAGCAACUCAUAGUGGUGGACAAGGUACCCGUUAUCUGGAAGAAGUCGAUGUUCCUGUCCUUACGAACAGUAUGUGUCACUAUUACAUGGGUAAUAAUGUAUACUCGUCUAAUUUAUGUGCUGGAUACAGUCAAGGAGGAAAGGAUGCUUGCCAGGGAGAUUCUGGUGGUCCUUUAACCUGUAAAAGGAACGGUCGCUGGAAACUGGCUGGUAUUACAUCAUGGGGUUACGGAUGUGGACAGAGGAACGCCCCCGGAGUCUACACUCGGGUAUCAUCCUUCCUGUCCUGGAUUCAAACUACCCAGAGGAACAACUAA